AUGGUUUUAUAAUUUUUUGUAUAGCUUUGAUCGUCUGAACUUUCGUAUUAAGAAAAAAAAUUUAAGCAAACGGAUGAAUGAAUUCUUCAUCGAUUACAGCAUAUAACAUGCGUACGUAGUUUAAAGUUUUAUAUGGCGACGGCCAUCUACGAGACGAGGAAUCGAACUUGGGUCCGCUAGCAUUGGAAGCUGAUGGUACAUAACUAGUAAUCACUGUAAUUAAAUUGGAGGGCCACAUUUAUAUUAUAAAUACAAGUAGUAAUACUGAUUGAUAUCUACGAGGAAGACCACAUUUUUCAUAACGUGUAAGCUCAACAUAACCAAAAAAAAUAUGGAUCAAAAGGAGAUUCCAAGAAACUUGAGAGACGACAACCUAAGUGAAGAAACAAAGACUCUCAUCUCUCAACUUCAGUCCGAGAUAGAUACUCAAGGAAACAAGCUCUACAACUACCAAGGAUGUUGGUACUACUCUGCCACUCUCCAGGGCAUCCUCAAUUUCCAGAGAAAUUUCAAGCCUCAAGACUCCGAUAUUUUCAUUGCUUCGUUCCCCAAAUCAGGCGCAACUUGGCUCAAAGCACUCACGGUUUCCCUCUUCGAGAGAUCCAAACACCCUUCUUCUUACGUUGACCAUCCUCUGCUAUCCAAUAAUCCACACGCGCUAGUACAGUCCCUAGAAGCGAAUCUAUAUCUCGAUAGCCAAACACCGGACUUGAAGAAGGCCAAGUUGUCAUCACCGGCUCCGAGGAUGUUCUCUACUCACAUGCCGUUGCUUUCGCUGCAAGAAACAAUCAAGGACUCCCCUUGCAAGAUCAUCUACCUGUGUAGAGACGUGAAGGACGCAUUAGUGUCACGCUGGUAUUUCAGGUGCAGCUAUCUGAAAAAAGAAGUAGAUAGACACGUUCUUGAAUCUAUGUUCGAGUCGUUUUGCAGCGGAGUUAGCUUUUACGGUCCCUUCUGGGACCAUGUUUUGAGCUACUGGAGAGGCAGCUUGGAAGAACCUAGUCAUGUUCUUUUCAUGAGGUACGAGGAAAUGAAAGAAGACCCUUAUGCUCAGCUCAAGAGACUUGCAGAGUUCUUAGGCUGUCCUUUCACUAAAGAAGAAGAAGAGAGCGGAUCCAUGGACGAGAUCUUGGAACUGUGUUCUCUGCGUCGUCUCAGCGACUUGGAGGUCAACAGGACCGGGAAAACGUCAAACGACGUGGAUUACAAGUUCUUUUUCCGAAAAGGAGAAGUCGGAGACUCGAAGAAUCAUCUCUCUCCGGAAAUGGAGAGCAAGAUCGACAAAAUUGUCCAGGAAAAACUUGAAGGUUCGGGCUUGAAGUUUUAAGUGUGUACUUGUGGUUUGAUUUGUAGUUUCUUUGAUGCCUUGUAAUAAAAGUAAACUUGAUUGUGAUGUAUGUUCCUUGGAUUGUUAUCUUCUCGUCGUGUAUGAUUUGAUAACAACAUUCAUUUGUUACUUCCAUGUUAAAGUAUUGAUGAUAUAUGGGUGUCUAAUCUCGUAUAGAACCAAAGUAAAAAUAAUACCCAA